UGUGCAGGGUUGUCUUACAUCAGCCCAAUGAGUCCUGGUGCAGGCGACUGACGGUCAGAGAGGGAACGAGCAAGAGCAAGAGGGGCUUGGGUUGUGACACCCAGCCGUCUGACUCACUGGGAUAAUCGGAAACCGUCUCUGAACAAAUGGUCUGAAAGGAAAAGAAAACAUCUCUGAAAUUGGAAGCCUGUCUCUGUGCAUGUGUUUGGGAUGAAGCACCUGUGGGACGUUCACUUCCUCCUGCUCCUCCUCCUCUGCCUGUUCGGAGCCGUCACGUCACAGGUCAACCCAGGUGUGUGUCGGUAUCCUCUGGGCAUGUCAGGAGGGCAGAUACAGGACGAGGACAUCUCCGCCUCCAGCCAGUGGUCCGAAUCCACUGCUGCUAGAUAUGGCAGGCUGGACUUCGAGGACGGCGACGGCGCGUGGUGUCCGGAAAUAACGGUCGAGCCAGACAGCCUGAAAGAGUUCCUCCAGAUUGACCUGCGCUCGCUCCACUUCAUCACCCUGGUGGGCACCCAGGGUCGACACGCGGGAGGCAUCGGUAAUGAGUUCGCCCAGAUGUACAAGAUUAAGUACAGCCGCGAUGGGAGCCGCUGGAUCUCGUGGAGAAACAGGCAGGGCAAGCAGGUGAUUGAAGGAAACAGAAACGCCUAUGACAUCAUACUCAAGGACCUCGAGCCGCCCAUCAUCGCUCGCUUUGUCCGCUUCAUGCCCGUCACAGACCACUCCAUGAACGUCUGCAUGAGGGUGGAGCUCUACGGCUGUGAGUGGCUCGAUGGUCUUGUGUCAUACAAUUCUCCGGUAGGAGAACAGAUGACCUCGCCUGCUUACCCCGUGUAUCUCAACGACUCUGUCUAUGACGGGGCUGUCAUCCACAGUAUGACUGAGGGCUUGGGUCAGCUGACUGAUGGAGUGUGUGGUCUGGACGAUUUCACACACAGUCACGUCUACAACGUGUUGCCUGGGUACGACUAUGUGGGCUGGAACAAUGAGAGUUUCCCCAGUGGAUAUGUGGAGAUCAUGUUCGAGUUUGACCGAACGCGAAACUUCACCACCAUGAAGGUCCACUGCAACAACAUGUUCUCCCGGCACAUCAAGGCUUUCCGCCAGGUGGUGUGUCAUUUCCGUUCUGAAUCGGACUGGGAGGCCUCGCCGCUCACCUUCAGCCCUGUGGUGGAUGAGAAGAAUCCCAGUGCCCGCUUCGUUACCGUCAACCUAGCCAAUCACAUGGCCAGUGCCAUCAAAUGCCAGUUCUACUUUGCUGACGCCUGGAUGUUGUUCAGUGAGAUCACCUUCCAGUCAGACACAGCCAUGUAUAACACAACUCUGGCUCCACCCAAGACAGGACUGCCACCCAACAUACCACCAGAAGAUGACCCCACGCACAAAGUAGAUGACAGCAACACCCGCAUUUUGAUUGGUUGUUUAGUGGCCAUCAUCUUCAUCCUUGUGGCCAUCAUCGUCAUCAUCUUGUGGAGGCAGGUGUGGCAGAAGAUGCUGGAGAAGGCCUCUCGUCGGAUGCUGGAUGAUGAACUAACUGCUAGUUUGUCAAUACAGAGCGAGACGUUCGCCUACAGCCACAACCACAACCAGUCCAGUACAUCCAGCGAACAGGAGUCUAACUCCACCUAUGAGCGCAUCUUCCCGCUCGGCCCAGACUACCAGGAGCCGUCACGCCUCAUAUGUAAGCUGCCGGAGUUUGCACAGAGCUCAGAGGAGCCUGCUUCUACCAGCACAGCAGCUUCUAAAUCCACCACGACAACUGUCGCCCAGGACGGCGUCCCUCACUAUGCAGAGGCAGACAUUGUGAACCUGCAAGGUGUGACGGGUAGCAACACGUAUGCCAUCCCUGCGGUGACUAUGGACCUGUUGUCAGGGAAGGAUGUUGCAGUGGAGGAGUUCCCACGGAAACUGCUCACUUUCAAAGAGAAGCUGGGAGAGGGCCAGUUUGGAGAGGUGCACCUGUGUGAGGCAGAAGGAAUGCAGGAGUUCAUGAAUAAAGAGUUUUUAUUUGACAUCCCCGAGGAGCUGCCAGUUUUAGUGGCUGUGAAGAUGCUCCGUUCAGAUGCCAACAAAAACGCUAGGAACGACUUCCUGAAAGAGAUAAAGAUCAUGUCGCGUCUGAAGGACCCUAACAUCAUUCGCCUCCUGGCAGUGUGCAUCUACAGCGACCCGCUCUGUAUGAUCACAGAGUACAUGGAGAACGGGGAUCUGAACCAGUUCCUGUCCCGUCAUGAACCCGAGGGACAACUCGCCCUGCUCAGCAAUGCACCUACUGUCAGCUUCAGUAAUCUGUGCUACAUGGCCACUCAGAUAGCAUCGGGGAUGAAGUACCUCUCCUCCCUAAACUUUGUUCAUCGAGACUUAGCCACACGAAAUUGCCUGGUGGGCAAGAAGUUCACGAUAAAGAUAGCUGACUUCGGCAUGAGCAGGAAUCUGUACAGCGGUGACUACUACCGCAUCCAGGGCAGAGCUGUGCUGCCUAUACGCUGGAUGUCAUGGGAGAGCAUCCUGCUGGGCAAGUUCACCACAGCUAGUGAUGUGUGGGCCUUCGGGGUGACCCUGUGGGAGAUCCUGAACUUCUGCAAGGAGCAGCCCUACUCUCAGCUCACUGAUGAGCAGGUGAUAGAGAACACAGGGGAGUUCUUCAGGGACCAGAAAAGACAGAUCUACUUGCCUCAGCCCGUGCUGUGUCCAGACUCGCUCUACAAGAUCAUGCUGAGCUGCUGGAGGAGGAACACGAAAGAGCGGCCCUCCUUCCAGGAAAUACACCACGCCCUCCUGGAAAUACAGCCGUAAGCCGUGGCUAUGCUUAAGACAGUGAUUCCCAGUCUGCACAUCAUCUGGACACAUUGGUGCUUGACAAAAGACACACUCCAGGUUUAAGCUGUCUGGUUUGAGUAGAGAGAAAAAGUGUGAGAGCCACUUGUGGGCUACAAGCUACAAUUUAGGAAACACUCCUUCCAUGGACUUAACACACUACAAAGAUGGACUACCAGAGACACAAUGUGCGUUUGAGUUUAUUAGCACAAUCACGUUGGCUCAGAUGUUUUAUAGAAAUACAGGUAUUCUUAGGAGAUUCUAUUCUGUCUUUUUGUACACCAACCCUGAAAAAUACGGUUGUGUUGUGACUCAUGUUGUGCAAGUCAAAAGUAAAUGUAGCAAGUGACAUUUGGCACUUUUGAAAAUCUAUUUUAAUUUCAUUUUGUUGAUACGAGUUUAGCUUUCCCAUGUUUACUGUGCUUAUUGACAAACGUAUGAAACAUUGCUGAAGAACUUUCUUGUGUUUUCUUUUGGAGGACUGCUUGAAUGUAGUAGGUAAAAGUGCAGCGAACUAUUACUGUUACAAUUCAUUAUGUUUCAAGUAUUUCAUCUCAGUCGCUCUGACAAAGCUCCACCAUUUUUAAAUUAGAACAUCAAGUAACUCAGUCUUUCUCAUCUCCCUGCAGUUUUCCUACAGUGAUUUGAACACAACAUGUAUAUGACUGUGCAUAUUCAAUAGAUAAGUCUAAAUCUGAAAUAUCAAUUUUUGUAUUUUAUAUUUAUAUGUGUUUGUUCUUAUAAUGUUAUGUUUAUACGUUUGUUGUUGGUUUGCGCUUUAAGUUGAUGAGUGUGGAGUCGCAUUUUGGAUUUGAUUCAGUAAUUUUCUUGCUAAAACUUUGGAUUUAGACACCGAACAAAAACAGUACUGAAGAAAAAGAAAAAAGGAAUCCAGGUUGUGUUUUAAACGUGUGCUCUGCCGGUUUAACAGUAUGUUUACAGUGUGUAUCGUUGAGAAGAUGUUUGUAGAUGGAGCAGUUAUUGAGAAAGAAAACCCUCUUUGAAAGGAGGAAUGAAGAAGAAAAGGGCACGCCGACUUCAAAUCAUGUGUUUCAUUGAUUUGACUGCUGCAGAUCACGUUCACGUCGUCUAUAUUGGCUCACUCAAACUCACUGUAAUGAUGCCUCCAUGGUAAUUAGUAAUCAGCAGUCAAUUUUCUCUUUCUAUCAUUGAUACUUUCUUUGUCUUUUCUAUGUGUUUUUCCACAGUGAAUAACUCUGUGCUGGAAUACCUUGUACUUCAUACUGCAUACAACUGUUUCAGCGAGAUCAGCAGUAUUUACAGUUUCUGCACUCAUAUCAGAGGCCUUUGUCCCACUGACCUUGGACGUUAGAGACAUUCAUAUCCUCCCCAAUGCAUGGCAUGUCUGCCUUUAUGUCACUCUUAUCGUUCAGUACUUUGCUAACAAAUCUGUACAAAUCUGUGUCAUGUUCUAUUUGGUUUGGAGACAAAUUUAGGCAUUAGUGAUUCAUGUGGUGCUUCUCAUUGAACAAUGAAGUCUUUUCAUGGCAUUUACAAUCUUCUCUUUGUUAUAAAUAAAUUGGUGACAGACGUACAGCUGCGAAAAUUUUAAUGCACCCUGGUAAAAAUUUAAUUUGUUUUGUAUUAUUACAUCUUUGUACUCAAGCGUUUGUUUUUUUCAGUGAGAAUGUUUUUUUUAUACACAUUGUAAACUAAAGUUGUACAUUGAGAGACAAAUUACAAAUAAAACUAAAACAGGGAAGUGUAUCUCUCCCUGAGCUCCUGUCUUAUUCAUGAGAGCUGGAUAGGUUACAACUGUGUGGGUGGUACCUGAGGCUGAGCACACUGCAGUCUGGAUCUCAGUGUCCAAUCACAGGAUGGAGGUGGAGUGAAGAGUAGCACAUGAACCAGACGCAAAACUUGUUGCAUUGAAGAACUUUUAACUGUAAAAAAUACUGUUUCCUGUAUCUUAACUUGUGUCCUGUUUGGACCAAAAUAUAUGAAUUACGGGAUUCGGGGACAGGGAGCAAAAAGCAGUGGCCUUAGCCUGGUGCUUUGUGAGCAUCCCCUCUGCCUGGACAUGAGGGGCCUGCAGGAGCACGUGUUGGGCUGCCCUCUCUGCCCUCCUCACCCCUCGGCCCGGAGCUCAGGUGGCCCCUGCUGCAGAUGGACGCCAGCAGCAUGUCCUCCGUCAUCGGUGCUGCACGGGAGGUCAAACUCAGUUCUAGCAAAAUCCUGAAUCACUGGACCCACAAGUCAAGUAUAUGCAGCUCAACAUCUGGACAAGGCAACAACUACACAUAACCAAGUAAGAUGGAUCUAGAUUUGGAAACAUGUUUGGAGGUCAACAAAAAUAAUCCCAACCUCGUCUCCAACAUGUCCCACACAGUCCUGCAGAAUCUGGGUCAUCUUGAUAUCACAGUUUCAUCCCUGUCACUUGAAAGCUGCAGUCCCGAUAGAAAUAACACUCCUGAAGCAA